UAUUUUGCAAAAAAAAAAAGCAACGCGCGAGACGCCAAAUCCCCGCCGCACACACGACACACACACAUCCGACGCCCGCCCCUGCCCCCGAGACGAAGCGAGUGGAACGGUGACAGGAACAAGGAACAGGAAGAGAGGCACAAGGCACGAGGCAAGAGGCACGAGGCAAGAGGAGGGCUGGGCGCACACUAGAGGAGCAGUAGCUGGAUAGCAGGACACACCACCCACACACACACACCACACACCACCCAACCACCCACCCACCACACACUCAACAAAGAUGUCAUGGAGAUAUGCGCUUUCCACGGACAGAUACAGCAGCAGUAUCGGCGAUAGAUAUAGUCCACACUAUUAUCAGUCGCCCAGCCGCUUGGAGACCUCCGAACAGACCACAGGCCGACAGCUGCAGCGAGUCCUGCACUACUCAAUGGCACCCACACGGGCAUUGCCCGGCCUGAGGCGGGCCGAGUGCGCCAUCCACGAUGUCGACUGCGAUGAGGUCUAUCCGGGCAUCUACAUUGGCGAUGCGGCGGCGGCCAAGAACAAGACGUAUCUGAGAAUGAUGGGCAUCACGCAUGUCCUGAAUGCCGCCGAGGGCUGUCGCUAUGGCCAGGUGGACACAGGACACAGCUACUACCGGGAUAUGCCCAGCAUUAGACGGAACCAUAAGGACUGUGUUUUUAGGUACAUGGGAUUCCCGAUGAUCGAUGCCCCCACGACAGACAUCUCGCGUUACUUCUAUGUGGCUUCCAAAUUCAUAGACAGCGCCAUCAGCAGCGGAGGCAAAAUCCUGGUACACUGCCUGGUGGGGAUGUCCCGCUCGGCCACCUGUGUGCUGGCCUACCUGAUGAUCUGCCGCAAGAUGUCGGCGGUGGAUGCGAUACGCACCGUUCGAAUGCGUCGCGACAUUCGGCCCAAUGAUGGCUUCCUGCAGCAGUUGGCCGACCUCGACAUGGAGCUGAAACGCAAGAAUCUCUAUCCCUAUUAAUGGCAUCAACAAUAAUCUGUGUGACAAAAAGGAAAAGCAAUCGCAACCAAAGAGAACGUAUAUGAGAGGCAACAACAAAUGCUGAAAGCUGCUGUGGCUUUUGUUGGAGGGGUGUACGAAUGGGGGGGGGGGGAUACGUUGUGGAGCUGGAACUCUUCCAAAUCCAAAAUCCAGCAAACUAACCAAAAAAUAAAUACAAAUAAAAAACCGAAAUGAAAAGAAAAAACUAAUAUUGAAAAUGUUGAAAAUCGUUGUUCUAAACAGAAAAAAAAACAAAUUAAUUUAAAAGGCCCAAAAAGCAAAUGACUUAUUAAUGGUAACUUGGUCUUCUUCAUACACACAUAUGUACUCAUUGCCCCCGGAUAAAAACAAAAACAAAUCUGGCAUAUAUAUACUAUAUACGGGAAUCAAGUUAUAUCCAUUCACAGACAGACACUUAGAGACCUAGAUUGUUAGAGAGACACGAUCGAAAACAAACAACAACAACAAAAACAAUACUCGUAAAUUGGCGAUAAAAAAAAAUCGAUAUAUAUAUAUACACUUCUAUAUGCGAUAUAUGCAUUGAACCUAUAUACCUUUUGCCUAUACCCUAGACAUACAGAUUUAUAUACAUGUAUUCCUUACACCCAUAUAUACGUACAUAUAUAUGUAUAUAUUUAUAUAUAAAACGUAUCUUUUUGUAUGGUUCGUCUUUGUUAGAGUUUCUUCGUUUGAUCCCCAUACCGUACAGAACAGAACCCCCUGCCCACAACCAAACAAAAACCCCAAAAACCCCACAUAUAACACAUAGAUGUACUAUGUUUAAGAAGAGCUGAAAAACUAUAGAUCAAGAAACAAUGUAUAGAAUCGAAACCAGAUACUGAUAUAUAACUCGUGUAAUGGAUAUACAAACGCAUGCGUUAUAUACACCUAUACCAUAUAUAUACACUAUAUAUACAUAUACACCAAGUGUGAAAUAAAACCAAAAAACAACAAAAAAACCACUCAUAUUUUCUAGUACAUGUAUAAUGAUGAGCAAAACCAAACGAGAAUCAACUAAAAACUUAAAACUAAUGUCUAAGAAGUGAUUAAUAAUACAACAAA